AUGUCGCUCAGAAGAAUCAGGCUGCCAAACAAACCUUUGGUGAUUUCAUCUCUGGGUGAUUCUGUAUACAUUGGUGAUGCACAUGGAUUUGCAUACGAGAUGAAGCCUCCUUACAUUUCCCGAACUGUUAUACUUCAAUCAUCUGGGCCCAUAUCUGCACUAGCUGUUGGAAAGGAUGUGUACUACGGCAACUGGGAUGGCGAUGUAGGUGUUGUUGGGGGAAAGAAGAUUAAUCUGGGAGGCGAGAUUGUGAAGUGUAUGCUGAUCCACGGAGACAGAAUUUACGUGUCUGUGGGGCUAAUGGUAUAUGGUCUUAGCCUUGGCUUGGAUAUAGAGUGCUCUUACGAAGUUAAGCAUAAAGUGCUGUGCAUGAGUGCCUUUCAAGGAUCUGUUUAUUGCGGGAUGGGUGUGUCAUUUCUGUCGCGGAUUCAUGACGAGUUUGAGAUUAUUGGGAGAAGUUUACACGACACUUCUAUAUUCUGUAUUUGUGGAGAGUAUACAGGAUCUGCAGAUGGAAGGGUUUUGAGGCAAGACUAUUGUGAUCUGGACAAUGCUGAGGAAAUUUAUAAAGGAAAUAACUGGAUUAGGUCAAUUUACAAUCAAUAUCUGUUCUCUGAUGGAAGGAAUGUGAUGGCCGAUGUUGAUGGAUUAAAAGGUAAUGGGAGCUGUGGAGUGAAGCCGAUAUACUCACAUGAAGAAGAUGUGCUUGGUGUGAUCAAGGUUGGAGGUACGGUUAUUUCCAUUGGCCUGGACUACUGCUACUGUGUCUUUGAGAUUGCCCCAGGUCUUAGUCCAGAGGAAGAGAUGGAGAUAGCAGAACUCAUGAACGAGUGA